AUGAUUCAUGAGCUGUGUGUUCUGAUCUGCGUAGCGAUCCUCUCUGCGUCCGCUCUACCUGUCAACGACGCCUGGAAACACGUGGUCAGACAACGUCGUAACGCUGCCAACUGUCAACCACCUCAAGAUAUCAACCAACUCUUCCAAAGUCUCAACGCCAACACCGACACCUCCAUCUUUCUUCGUAACGCUCAGGGUGCCAGACCGGGGUCAUAUUUACACAGCGAGCUGAACACCGACCAGGUGUUCGACAGUUCCCACCUCGGAGGCAUCACCUGUCCCAGUAGCGUCAGUGACGACCCCCAGGACCCCCUGUGGAUGAGGUCCCUCUGUCCCUGGUACUACAACGUCACCGAUCUGCCCGCCGGUCACUACCCAAGUGCCAUCCCCCAGGCCGUGUGUAAAUGUGACAAAUGCGUUGACAAUAACCAAAACCAGUGCGAGAGAGUUUCCACUCAAAUCCGAGUUUUAGAAGAAACUGGCUGUGAAAAUGGUUUCUUUAUCUACAAGCCCAAAAUCGUCACCCAUUUCGUCGGGUGCACUUGUGCCAAACGCCGGACACCAACAGUAGGUUCGAACACUGCCCCAACAGCAUCAGACAGUGAAAGCAGUUGUGGGGAUUUUGGAUGUGCCCCCUAA